AUGUUCAAUUCAGAAUACUCUCCGUUUGAUCCAUCAGAAAAAUGUCAUCUUCAGAAUUCUUGUAAAACGUUGCAAUCAACUUCUGAUCAGUCUAUUUCACUUCCAUGUGGUCACAUUUAUCAUCAACAUUGCUUGCAAUAUCUCGAACAUAAAUAUUUUUAUUGUUUAAAGUAUAUUAAAAAUGAAAUCAAUUAUAACGUAAAAUCUAUUAUUAGCAGAAUUACAGAUACGAGUAUGGAUGAAGAUGAUUCUGAGAUUGAUCUUAGUCAAGAAAAUGAGGUUCAAUCAACGGAUAAUAAUAAUGAAGUCGAAGACUUAUCAAAGCAAUCACUAUUUAAUCUACAAAUCGCAAAUGACUUCAAAUCAACACUUGAAAUAUUUAUGAAAUAA